AUUCCCAGUAGCAUUGUUCCAAAUAAGUUCCAUCUCAGCUCUCACUCCAUUUCCCACUCUCCCCAACCACCGCAUGUUUCUGAUUCAUUAUUAUUAUUAGUACUUCACACAAGCCAGAAAGUCGGCGAAGCCAGCCAUGGCAUCUGCGGCCGCCGCCGGAAUCUCGAAACUCACCAUUACCGGAGACGAUUGGGCGUCGUCUUCUCCCAAUCUCCUGAGCAACCUUUCUAUUCUAUCUCCUCAACAGGUUGAAUUGGCGAAGAUGUUGUUGGAGGCGGGGCAGAGCCAUCUCUUUCGGCAUUGGCCCAUGCCCGGGGUUGACGACAACGAGAAGCAGGCCUUCUUUCACCAGGUUGCUAAGCUGAACACAAGCUACCCUGGGGGACUGGCUGCAUACAUUAAAAGUGCCAGGGAACUAUUGGCAGAUUCAAAAGCUGGGAAGAAUCCGUACGAUGGGUUUACACCAUCUGUUCCAUCUGGGGAAAAUCUGACCUAUGGUGAUGAGAACUUUGUUCAAUUUGAGGAGGCUGGUGUUAGAGAAGCGAGGAGAGCUGCCUUUGUUCUUGUUGCUGGAGGACUCGGAGAACGACUUGGAUACAAUGGAAUAAAGGUGGCUCUUCCUCAAGAAACAACCACCGGGACAUGUUUCUUACAGCACUAUAUUGAAUCUAUUUUGGCUCUGCAAGAAGCUAGCUGUGAACCAUCACAAGGUGAAAGCCCAAUAGAUAUCCCAUUUGCUAUAAUGACUUCGGAUGACACACAUUCACGAACUCUACAACUAUUAGAGUCAAAUGCAUAUUUUGGAAUGAAACCAACACAAGUGAAACUUCUAAAGCAAGAAAAAGUUGCUUGCUUGGAGGAUAAUGAUGCACAUCUAGCUGUAGAUCCACACAAUAUGUAUCAAAUCCAGACAAAACCUCAUGGGCACGGUGAUGUUCAUUCGCUUCUUUAUUCAAGUGGGCUACUCAAAUCAUGGCAUGAUGCUGGCUUGAGAUGGGUCCUGUUUUUCCAAGACACCAAUGGCCUUCUUUUCAAGGCUAUUCCAGCUUCACUUGGUGUCAGUGCCAUAAAACAGUACCAUGUCAAUUCUCUUGCCGUUCCUCGCAAAGCAAAAGAAGCUAUAGGGGGCAUUACCAGGCUUACUCACAAGGAUGGGAGAGCAAUGGUGAUCAAUGUGGAAUAUAACCAGCUUGAUCCGUUGCUUAGAGCAAGUGGAUAUGCAGAUGGCGAUGUCAAUUGUGAAACAGGAUAUUCACCUUUUCCAGGGAAUAUAAAUCAGUUGAUAAUAGAGCUUGGCCCUUACAUCGAAGAGCUCACAAAAACAGGGGGUGCUAUAAAGGAGUUUGUCAACCCAAAGUACAAAGAUGCUACCAAGACUGCUUUUAAGUCCUCAACUCGGCUUGAAUGUAUGAUGCAAGAUUAUCCUAAAACAUUGCCUCCUUCUGCUAGAGUAGGAUUCACUGUGAUGGAUGUUUGGCUUGCUUAUGCACCUGUUAAAAACAACCCUGAAGAUGCCGCCAAGGUACCCGAAGGGAACCCCUACCAUAGUGCUACUUCUGGAGAAAUGGCCAUAUAUCGUGCGCAUAGCCUCAUUUUGAGAAAGGUUGGUGUGAAAGUAGACGAUCCGAUCCAUCAGGUGUUCAACGGGCAACAGGUAGAAGUGUGGCCACGCGUUGUAUGGAAGCCAAAAUGGGCACUCACUUUCUCGGACGUCAAAGCCAAAGUGAGAGGAAACAACAACUCCAUUUCACAAAGAUCUACCAUGGUAAUAAAAGGUAAAAAUGUCAUCCUUGAGGACAUCUCAUUGGACGGAGCUCUCAUUGUUGAUGCUGUUGACAAUGCAAAGGUAAAAGUGGGAGGGGCGCUCGAUAACAAAGGAUGGGUGAUUGAGACGGUUGAUUAUAAGGACACGUCGGUGCCGGAAGAAGUGAGAAUUAGAGGGUUCAGCUUUAACAAGGUUGAGCAGCUGGAGAAAACAUAUAGUGAGGCUGGUGACUUUUCUUUGAACCCUUAGAGACAGAUAUAUGUUUUUAUGGGCAGACAAUGAUAAUUGUCUCAAAACCUGCUUCUUUCCCUUUUCAUUAUAACCACUUUUUUUUAUUUUUUUAUUUAAAAAAAUAUACAUUCUUUGAUACGGAGUAUAUUAUAUUUAUGUGAAGGAAAAUGGAAAAUAAAAUGAGUGGUUGUGU